AUGGGCGAAACCACGCGGAACCUGGCGGCGUUUUUGCGGCUGGGCUUUGGCUCCAGCACGGUGCCGUUCCGAGUGCUGCAGGCGGAGGACAUGUUCUACGAGGAGAUGUUGCAGCAACCCUACAACCCCUUUGUUCACAUGGUGGAUCCGGCUGUGCCUGUUGCUCAGCCGCAAGACUGA